GUCAGCCAGUCGCCGGCAAUCGAUCAGCUCAGUUGCGAUUAAAUAACAUGGCCGUGGCCGGAGUUAUAUUUUUGCGAUGUUGACAGCUUGUUUUUUAGAUACAUUUAUCCUUCGAUUAGUUCGAAAUUAUAUUUGAAUGAUACUAGAUGUGUAUGGCGUUCAGUCUGUUGACAGAUAAAAUAUUGAUUCACGAAAAAUCUCAGCGUUUGAGCACACAUGCUCAAUUAGGUUAGGCCGCAUUUGCAUCGUGUAUCUUGGGAUGAAUUCUCCCUACAGGAUCAUCUCACGAACGAGGAGCAUACACAUCGGUCACACACUGUUCAAGGAGACCCCACGGAAUUUGAAGAACAAGAAACACAGCUCGCAGCUAUGGCUUGCGAGGCAACUGCGCGAUCCCUAUGUGGAGAUGGCGAAGCAGGAGAACUACAGAUGCAGAAGCGCAUUUAAACUCUUAGAGAUCAAUGAGAGGUACAAGAUACUCAGCCCAGGUCUAACUGUCAUAGACUGCGGAGCGGCGCCUGGUAGCUGGACACAGGUUGCAACCAAUCUAACUAACUCACAUGGCAAGAAGGAAGGUCCCAUUGGCAGAGUGUACGCUGUCGAUAAACUCCCAUUUUAUCCUGUGGAAGGUGCGACUGUUCUAGGGAACAUGGACUUCACAAGUGCCAAGACACAAGAGAUCCUAAGCAAACUGUUGCAAGGGAACAUGGUCGACAUUGUUCUAUCCGACAUGGCACCGAAUGCAUCUGGCAUAAGGGAGAUAGACCAUGACAAUAUAAUAUUGCUUGCAUAUGCCGCACUUAGAUUUGCACUGCAGAUCAGUAAACCACAGGGUGCCCUUGUUGUAAAAGUUUGGGACGGUGGUAAGGCGCAACAGUUUGAACAGAAUCUGUCCAAGUUUUAUAAUAGUGUUAAGGUGGUCAGACCUGAUGCCACAAGGGACGAAUCGACUGAGAAAUUCUUCCUGGCGAGAGGAUUUAAAGGUCUCAAGAAGAGUUGACGCAAUUAAUCAGUUUAUAGGUACACUGUUUUAAAUAAUAAUAACAGAAUAUUAAUUAUUUAAAUAUACAAAUAAUUAGAGAUGAGGCCAGAGUGAAACUUAUUGCUUGUGAAUAUUUCUUAUGUUUUAUAUACAAUUCUAAACUGAACAAAUUAAUUCUCAAUUUAAAAUUAUAACACAACUCCUCUCCUUUAGUUUAGAUUGUUUAGAACUAUGUUUCGAGAUCGAAAAUUUAUUUAAUGUUUGAUAAACUCAAAAAUAUAAAAUCAUAAAAGAAACAUUAGGCAUUAAGAUCCAGUCUGAUUGAAUGAUGCUUAUCUUUAAUUACUUGUAUAUAAUAUUUAAAGUGUAGGAUAUGAAGAUGUGUGUGGGCAGGUUAUACAUAAAUAAAAAAGGCACAAUAAUUUGGUAUCA